AUUUGGUGCAGUUUUCAUGGAGACCCUGUACACAAUCCAUUCUCAAAGAAGCCUCAUUUAAAGUUCUUUAAAGCAUCAUUCAUCACUGCUUUGCUGAGCCACCGAAUGCGCUGCCUGAGAGAAUUGGUAGCUCCAACUGAUCUCAGUGAAAAUGGCUUUGGGCAAUCUUACAUCGAAGGCUGUGUCACUUUACGAUGAAUGGAUUAAAAAUGCUGAUCCGCGAGUUGAAGGUUACCCACUCAUGGCCUCACCUUUUCCACAGACAAUUAUUAUUGCAGCCUAUAUUUAUUUUGUCACUAAUUUGGGACCGAAGUUCAUGGAGAACAGGAAACCUUUUGAAUUGAGACAACUCAUGGUUGUCUACAACUUUGGUGUAGUGGCUCUUUCAGUUUACCUGACUUACGAAUUUCUCAUGUCUGGCUGGGCCACAGGCUAUUCAUUUCGCUGUGACAUUGUUGAUUACUCUUGGUCACCUAUGGCUUUAAGGAUGGUUCGAGUCUGCUGGCUAUAUUACUUCUCUAAAUUCAUCGAAUUGCUAGACACGGUUUUCUUUGUCCUGCGAAAGAAAAAUGGACAAGUUACAUUCCUGCAUGUCUUCCAUCACUCAAUCAUGCCUUGGACCUGGUGGUUUGGAGUCAAAUUUGCUGCAGGUGGCUUAGGAACAUUCCAUGGUAUGAUAAAUGCUAUUGUGCAUGUCAUAAUGUAUACCUACUACGCCCUCAGUUCACUGGGACCAUCAUUUCAUAAGUACUUGUGGUGGAAAAAACAUAUGACAUCUAUACAACUUAUCCAGUUCAUUAUGGUUACCUUCCAUAUAGGACAAAUCUACUACAUGGAUAACUGCCCAUAUCAAUAUCCCAUCUUUAUGUUCAUCAUUGGGUUAUAUGGACUGGUGUUUUUAAUCCUGUUUCUACACUUCUGGUACCAUGCUUACACUAAAGGCAAGAGGCCCCCAAAGUGUAUAAAAAAUGGUAUUGGCAAAAACAAAGCUGAAUGAAGUGCUCUGCCACAAACUGAGUUUUUUUUGACUUGUACUACUUGACAAUCAAGAUGUUUAGGUGCUCAGUACCCUGUAUGUUUUGUACAUGUUUUUCCGAAACAACAAAAAAAAGCCUUGUAUUUUUAUUAUAAAUUAUUUGGGAUUUAAUGUUGAUGUGGGAGGGAGGGAAAGCCUACUGAUUUGAAAACACUGGCCUGUCAUUUUAGCAACUUUGCACAUAUGAGAAAUAAGAAUUAAAGAAAUGAAAUGAAUGAAACAAACAAUGGAUGUUCAUUGGAAAACCUGGCAUUUGUAUAUAUUAUAGAAAUGAAGUGUGUCUGACAAGUAUAUGGUAAUACUUUGAGCACUGAUAAGAUACAUUGGUUUUAACUGGCCUCUCAUGUUGCUAAGACUGUAUAGGCUGUUUUUAAUUGAAAUGGGAUAAAAUUUAAUGAACACUUACGGACCAUAAAUAUCACUGUUAAUACAUUGUCUGUAAUUAAUGUAUUUUGUACAAACUGUACCAUAUUAAAGUCCAAGAUUCUUAAG